AUGUUCUACUCGGCGCAGAUUCUGGCCAAAAAGGGCCCUCUAGGCGCCAUCUGGAUCGCGAGCCACCUCGACAGGAAGCUCAAGAGGCAGGACGUAUACGGUGCUGACCUGGAAAGCGCAGUGGAAACGAUCAUCCACCCCGAGGCACCCCUGGCGCUGCGGCUCUCGGGCCAGCUCCUCCUGGGCGCCGCGAGAAUCUACGCGAAGAAGGUUGCCUUCCUGUACCAGGACUGCACCGCCGUCCUGGCGAGCGUGCGGCGCGCGUUCCACAAAGCCUCCGCGGCCGCCGCGAUCGACCUCCCGGAAGCUCAGCGCGGAGGCCACUCGCAAGCCAUCACGCUCCCGGAACACAACCUCGGCGAGCUCCUAACCCUGGACAUGGGGCCGGCCUCGCUGGAGCUGCUCGACCCCGAGGAGUUCGCGACGCAGGCCGCGAUCGGGCCCUGGGGCCACAAGGACUCGCUCUCGGGCGGCGCGGAGCUCUCGUCGGGCGCGCUCGCGGGCGGGCGGGCCAGCGCGCUGGGCGCGAGCCGCCUGAGCACGCCGGGCGUCGAGGUGGAGCGCCUGCGCGCCGCAGCGACGCCCGGAACGCCCGCGCGGUCCCUCGGUGGCCUCGGCUUCGGCGACGACCAGCUCCUCCCGGGGGGCGACCUCGUGGGGGACAUGGGGGAGCUUCCUGACAUCACCGGUAAGACCCCUGCGAGCAAGCGGGGGUCUCUCGCGCCCGCCACGCCGUCGCGGCCGCCCGGGACGCCGUCGCAGGGCGAGGGCGGCCUCUUCCCCGUCGACGACGACCUCAUGCCGCCGGAGUCGCCGGGCUUCGGGGCCGCGGACGACGUCAUCCUCGACGACGGGGGGUUUGGCGACGACGGCGUCGAUGACGACGACGGUGGGCGCGGCCGCUCGCCGACGCCCGAGGCGGCGCCCGCGCCGGCGCCCGCCGCGCCUGCGCCGCGCGCGGGCCGCAGCGCGCGGCCGCCGUCGCGGCUGGGAGGAAGCGGAUGCGCGACGGCGGGCAGCGCCUGUGCUGGCGCGGCCGCGCAAACGACGGCGCCGGACGGCACGCUGGUCCCGGGCGGGCGCGGGCCGGCGAAGCGGCGCCGCGGGGGCGACGCGGACGCCGCGGCGGCGAUGCUGAGGGACCCCGCGGCGCUGCUGGCCAUGCCCGCGACGGUGGGCGGGGGUGUCGCGUCCCCUUUGGCAGCCUUCAUGAGUCAGGUGGCGGAGGAGGCGUGGCGGCGGCCGCGGGGCGGGCCUGCCGCGGAGGAGGGCGAGGAGGACGAGGAGGGUCCGCGGGCGGAGAGCCCCGCGGCGGAGGCGGAGCUGCCGGUGUUCGACGAUGGGGGUUAUGGAGGAGGGGGGGUUCGGCGACGACGGCGGGUGGGGCGACGCGGGCGGCCCUGCGCACGUGCCGGAGAGCCCGGACUCGGGCGGCGGCGUGUUCGACCUGCACGAUGCGCUGGGCGGCGAGGCGGAGGGCGCGCCGACAGGCCCCGGGGGGAGUGA